GGGAAACUAACGGUUACUCAAAAUGUACACCCUUAUUCUUCUCUCAGUUGUCUAUCUCUUCGCGAGAACCAUCUACCGGAUCUACUUUCAUCCUCUUAGUAAGAUCCCAGGACCCAAGCUAGCAGCAGCCACUCACCUUCACGAGUUCUAUCAUAAUGUCAUUCGUGGUGGGAAGUUCAUCUGGGAAAUUGAGAACAUGCAUAGACUAUAUGGGCCGAUUGUGCGAAUAAAUCCACGGGAAGUUCACAUUUCUGACCCAUCAAUGUACGAUGAGAUCUAUGCGGGAGGUGGACGAAAGCGCGAGAAGGACACGGGCUUGGUGUCAUCUUAUGCAUCAUCGUAUGCGGCGCUGGCAACUAUCGACCAUGACCUUCACCGUGCUCGUCGAGCCCCAUUGAAUCCAUUCUUUUCAAAGAAGUCUGUAUCUGAGCUCUCAGACGUCCUUCAUGAGAAGAUUUCCCUUCUGUCACGGCACCUUGAGCGGGCACAUGCAGAACGAACUAGGAUCACAUUAAGCACUGCCUUGAUUGCCCUGACGGGCGACAUCAUCACCCACUAUCUUUAUGGUCAGGAUAAUGGAUACCUAAAAGACAGAGACUUGGCGAAAAGAAACAUGGUUUGGGAGAUCAUGGCCGAAGGCACUAGCGCAUGCCAUCUGUUUAGAUUCUUUCCAUGUAUUCCCACGUUAACGAAGGCUUUGCCUGGACGUCUCAUGCGCCUCAUUCGUCCGGCGCUGUCAAAUGUUUAUGAUAUGCAGGAACAGAUUGCUCACCAAUCAGAGGAAGCCAUAUCAAGCCAUGGCUCUCUCAAACUGAGGACGAUCUACCAUGCUUUGAAUGACCCCUCCGUCCCUGCUUCCGAGCGGUCCCUGGCUCGUCUGCGCGACGAGAGCUUUAUCGUCCUGAUUGGGGGGACUGAAAGCACAGCGGCAACAUUGACGUUUGCGAUAUACCACCUUCUCCAAAGCAAGAAUAUGUAUCUCAAACUCCGGCAAGAGUUACAACAACUCAUGCCAACAGCAACCAGUGAAGCGAACUGGUCACAGCUGGAGCAGCUCCCGUACUUGACAGCUGUAGUCAACGAAGCUCUUCGACUGGGGUCAGCGGCAUUGAGACCAGCACGAGUCGCACCCACGGAGACACUGUAUUAUCAGGGGCACAGCAUCCCACCUGGCACUCCGGUCAGCACAAUCAGUUAUUUCAUCCACAGAAACCCAGCCAUCUUCCCUAAUCCAGAAAGUUUCAACCCCGAGCGAUGGAUUCAAGCUGCUGAGCGAGGAGACAACCUUACCAGAUAUCUUGUUCCUUUCACACGGGGCAGUAGAAUCUGUAUUGGCAUGAACCUGGCAUAUGCAGAGUUGUAUAUGACUCUCGCGUCCAUUGUGCGACGCUUUGACCUAGAAAUCUGCGGGACAUGCCCUGAAGAUAUGGAGUUUGCACGUGAGAUGGUCGUACAGCGUCCGGAAAAGGGGGUGUGGACGCUCGACGUUCGAGUAGCUGGCGUCACUCAAUGA